CUAAAAGUCGACAUCCUAUUCCAGAGUUUUCUGGUUACCACUGUAGAAAUGUGCAAGAUACUUUUUUUAAGGGAACCCGCAUUUAAAAGAAUCAGUUUGCAAACUUAUUAAAAUGAAUAUUUAGUUCAUUCUAGAUCAGGCAAAUCUGUCAAGGGUACCGUUGUGAAACAGACAUGCCACCAGCUAUAAAUCAAAGUUCACUUGGAAUUAGGUUUACACACCCUUUAAAAUAUAAAAGAUGUAUUAAAACAGUAAAAUAUUGAAUAAAUCAUUGAAUAAACGAUUACUUUAAAAUAUGUUACAGUGAUAGGGAUUUUAUCGAUAUAAUGAAGACGACUUUCGUUUUCAAUUUUGAUUUAAAUCAAGCUGUUAAACCGUAUAUAGAUACACCUAAAAUUAGAAGCUAUCAAUUAAAGCAAAUUUUUAGAAGAGAUUAUUAUUUUUAUGUUAUGACUUGGUUGAGUGAGGAGAUAUGGUUACCUCCUGGUAUAAAAUGGGAGGAACUAGAAGGAGAAGAAUUUGCUCAGUUUCAUCAUCUUCUCUUUCCUUUCAUCUUCUCCAUCUUAUUCAUAGGUAUUAGGCUUUUAAUAGUGAAGUUUAUCUUUACCCCUGCAGCUUACAGAUUUGACAUGAAACCCUUAACUCUACAUCCAGGGAAAAAUUCAGAAAGGGAGAAACUAAAAGUUGCAAUCAACAAAAAAAGAUUAGUUCGGUUCAAUAAAUUCUGUGAGACGGGUUGGCGGUGGGUUCUCUACCUGUGUGCGCAUCUAGGUGGUCUCUUCUGCUUGUAUGAUAAACCCUGGGUAUGGAACACAGCACAUUGCUGGCAUGGUUACCCCUACCAUCCCAUAGAUUUAAAGAUCUGGUGGUACUACAUGCUGGAGCUAUCCCUCUACUGGUGUCUAUUCUUCACUCAGUUCUCAGACCUCAAACGGAAAGAUUUCUGGCAAAUGUUGGCUCAUCAUGUUGCAACAUUGUUUCUUCUCAUGUUUAGCUGGACAAAUCACAUGCAUAGAAUGGGAUCUUUUGUUCUGUUUAUCCAUGAUUUCUCAGAUCAUUGGCUAGAGUUAGCAAAACUGGCAAUAUAUGCUAAAUAUGAGACUGCGUGCAAUGUUGUUUUUCUUGUGUUUACGAUAACUUGGCUGUACACAAGACUUAGUAUCCUACCAACUGUAAUCAUCUACUCUACUGUAUUUGAAGCAGCCCAGGGACCAGCACACUAGAUAAAUGGGACACUUUGCAAACAUUUAAACCGUUAAAGGGUCACUUCUACUAAAUUGAUAUUUUACUGUGGGAAAAUCUGUCUGAACGUUAGAAACAAACACUGGCACUGGACAGUGGACAGGGUAGAAAGAAUAAGAGAAAAAAGCAUUCUAUUAGUUUUAUUUGGUUUUAAUCAUUUAUUGGCUAAAAUUUUUUACCAUUACUGAGUAAUAUGCAAAAUGGACAUUUUUAUUUAGAAAUCUGAAAUUACUUUACACUGUCAGAAGAUCUACCUUUCUGUAGAAAUAUAUUCUUUCUUAGUGAGAAAACAUCGAUUUUUUGUAGGGACUAAUAAAACAAAUUAUACUGUUUGCAGUGUCUUUUGGCUCGGAGACUAUUUCCGCUAAUCUCCCAAAAAUUGUUGCAAAAUUUAAAAUCGUAUCAACAUUUUUUAUGGGAAAAGAUGCUUUUAAGGACACAACGAAAGACCUUUGCAAAAUUUUUAAUUCUUAUGUAUGAAGAGAGUUUUAUGACCCAAAAUUUGGUUUCAAUUUCAUUUAGUUUUUUA